GUUGAGGAGCUUCGGGUUUUGGAUAUUAAGUUUUUGUAUGGUUGCCCCAGGCCAACUAUUGUUGUGCUUUACCAGGAUGCCGAAGAUGUACGUCAUAUGAAAACUUACGAAGUUGCUUUGAAGGAUGAAUGUUUUGCUGAGGGUCCGUGGUCUCAGAAUAGUCUUGAUAAUGGGGCAGAAUUGUUAAUCCCAGUUCCGCCUCCUCUUUGUGGUGUCCUAAUUAUUGGUGAGGAGACUAUCGUUUAUUGCAGUGCCUCUGCUUUUAAAGCAAUCGGAAUCAGGCGUUCUAUUACAAAAGCUUAUGGGAGGGUUGAUGCUGAUGGUUCACGCUACUUGCUAGGGGAUCAUAAGGGGCUUUUGCAUCUACUUGUUAUAACUCAUGAUAGGGAGAAAGUAACUGGACUGAAGAUUGAGCUAUUGGGGAAAACGUGUAUCGCAUCGUCCAUAUCAUAUCUUGAUAAUGAUGUGGUCUUUGUAUGCUCAAGCUAUGGAGACUCACAGUCUUCUAAAGGUAAAGAAUUAGUAGCAGUGAUGCACACUAUUCAGGAAAGCAACUCCAGCACCCAACCACCCUUAGAGGUCCAAGCUGUACCCAGGGAAGGAGAUAUGGCCAUGCAGAUAGAAAAGGGUUAUGCACCUCCUGCUUUGACUAUCAAACCAGUC